UGACAACGCGCAUGCGCAGCAUUAGCAUCAAAGAGAGAGUCUGCCUUGUGCUUCUGUAUGCCGAAAUCAAAUAAUUAGUACGACAAUACGCCAGACGGUGGCCUAUACUUAUAGAGAAGAAGAAGAAGAAGAAGUUGGCUGUUGCAGAUGCUAAACUAAGGAAAAAAACCUGUAAGACUAGAACUGCUUAAGAAGUUCCCUACAGUGUUAAAAAAAAAUCAACAACAAACAUGAGGUUCAUGGCUGGUGCAUUUUUGUCAAGUUUUCUCACCUCUUCUCUUCCAAUGACAAGAUAGCCAAAGAAGUUUGAGGCGAUUCACACAAAUUUAACUUCCUGUGCCGGUGAUAUUGGUUGACGAUCAUGGACACAUUACAGGCGUACCUGCUGGGUGGCGAGGAUGAGACACCUGAUGCCGAGCCAGAGACGAGCAGUGAUUCUACUGAUGCCAAGACAUCUUACUUUACUAUGAAAGAUGGCAAGUUCUCCUGCACCAGGUGUGGUCACCUCUUCACUCAAAAGACCAAUCUCCAACGGCAUGUUCGGAAGAUCCACAAUGAGACAACCACCAGCAACGCCAGGACUUCGUGCAUCCAUCCCGGAUGUAAGAAGGAGUUUUACCACAAGACCAAACUCAUAGAGCACCUGGAGAAGGGUCACGGUAUGUCGUUGCAGAAAUCUGAGCUCUCCUUCGAGAAUGUGGAAAAGUUCCUGGCAUGGAAGGAAAGAGAAGAGAGUCAGAACUUUGCAUAUUUUUCAAAAGAAAGAGGUGCCAUCCAGUCAUCACUGUGUAUUCAUCAGACCUAUGCAUGCCAGAGGAAUGGCAGUUCGCGCAGGCAUAAAGCCAAAGGAAGUCCUGCAAGGACGACCUCCAGGAAGUUGUCUAAGGGCUGUGUCAAGACGGAUAUGAUCUGCCCUGCAAGGAUCAUUACAUCCAAAUGCCUGAAGACAGGUAACCUCAAGGUUACAUACUACAGCUCGCACUCUCACCCACUUGUGUCCAGUGACAUCAAGUUCCAUCCAUUGCCGCAGAAACUGCGGGACGAUUUGAAGCUGAAGAUUGCCUUUGGGGUUACCAUUGAGGAUAUCCAGAAGGACCUUUCCCGCCCUAACCAUAAAAACAUUGAUAACUUGACUGUAUUCAAGAAGCAGCUGAAUAUCUCCAGACACCACAUGCAGCAGAUGAGGCGGAAUAUCCUCAAGAGAGCAGAGAAGAAUCCUGAAAGUAUAGACAGCAUCUCUAGCUUGGCCAUUGUCCUUGAGAAACACAGGUCUGAAGGCCACAAUCCUAUCAUGUUGUACAAACCUGAAGGAGGACAAUACAUCAUUGGAAAGCUUGAAGGUGAUCCUCUUGAAGUUGAAGACAGUGCAAUGGUUGUUGGUGUGCAGACGAAGCAACAGCUUCAUAUGUUGCAACUAUUAACGGUUAAAUACCUCUGUGUGGACUCAAUACAGUAUCAGGAUCACCAACUGGUCAAUGUCAGCAUACGAGAUGAUUAUGGUAGAGGAAGUCCUGUGGCGCAUCUGAUUUGCAGUCCAAAUGAUCAAACAGCACUCUUUUACUUCUUCCAGGUCAUUGCAGAAAGUUUCAACAAGUCCAUGAUGGUGGGGAUCUUGACCGACGAAUCUUCAAGCUGCAUCAACAUCCUCUUGGCUGUCUUUGGCGAGAGCCUUACACAUGUCUUCUGCAGGCGUGUGGUUCACCUUGACUGGCUUAACCAGCUUCAAGUACUUGUCACAGACAAAGAACUCCGGAGAGAGAUAUACACAUCCUUGGCCUUGCUUAUGGAGGAAACCAACUUGAAUCAGUUUACAAGUAUGACUAGCACAUUCUUGAACAGAUACCAAAACAAGGUAAAAUCCAAGAACUUUGUAGCUUAUUUCAAAGAUACUUACUUGGAUCACUGUCCGCAGUGGGCUACCUGCUAUGGCAACUUUGCCUCUAACUCUAACCAGGCUACGAUGUAUGAUAAAGCCUUCCACAAACCCCUCAAAGAUUACCUAGAUGGUGAAGGUAAAGAAGGGGAGAUAUAUGACCUUGUUGCUUUCUUGGUGAAGACUGCUGAUGAACACAGUGAUCAGCCUCUCUUACAGGGCUGUCUGCAACCGACCCAGUCAUCGGGUAGAAGAUCAACACAUGAAGAAGCCCUCCAGAUACCUGCUGAAUGUGUGACAAGAGUAUUGGCCAAUCUGUAUUCAGUGAAAACCGAAACAGGACUGCUGCAUGUGAAGAGAGUGAAGAAGUCUUGUCAGGAUACAUCAUGCAGCCCCUCGUGCCUUGAGGCCCCCUGCCUUGAGCUCUGUGCACAUCUGUAUACAUGUAUCUGUAGUGAGGAGUCGCAACUUUGCAACCACAUUCACAGGGUCCACAUGCAGAUGCAAAACUCAUUCGUAGUCAAUAUUAAAAAACAGCUGACAGAUCCUACUCACAAAAGCAAUGCCUCGUCCGCACCUCUACCCCCGCCGCAGCAGAAACUUAGGAGAAGUCCCAGACAAGCAAAGAGAGAGGCAGUAACUCAAGCACAAAAAGAGGCAGUCAACCAAGCCCAGGAAUCUAUUCCGAAUUCAAAUGAAAUUGAAGGAACAAGAGGGAACAAUAUAGAUGGUGUUGCUUCCAAAGGUGUCACAGCAGAGGAUGGUGGAGAUGAUGAUGAUGAUGACGAUGAUGAUGAUGAUGAUGAUGGAGGUCUCUUUAUGGCUGACACUCAUGAAUCUGAUGAUGAUGACAAUGAUAAGCAGGAUCCAGGUUUGAUCUACAAUGCUGAACCAGUUCCUAUGGAAGAUGGAGAGACAUCUACCAUAAACCUAAGAAAAAUUCUAGAUGUCAAUGAUGAACUUUUAGCUCUUCUGGAAAGUAAGCAAAUACAAGCUUCCAUGUUCCCAUACAUUCUUGAUGAACUGAAAUCCAUUGUGGCAAAGUGCAAAGCCCAAGUGCCUGCCGAGUCUAUAGAUAGUCUGAGAAGGCGGGCGAAACGGAAAGCUGCCAUCCCGCUUUCACUGUUACAGAUUAAGAUGAGAGGAACGGCUAUCAAGAAAGCUGUAGAGUCUAAGAUUAGUUCCCUUCAGGAGAGUAGUGUAGAGCAAGUGAGGUUAUCAGAUGAUCAAGUAGAAGAAGCACCAGUUACAUGUACCAAAGCAGAAGCCACAUUGCCCCCAGCCCCAUCCAUUGCCACAAACUCCUCAAAGUCCUCCGCAGCACUCCAGGACUUGUUCUCCUUUGUCAUAACCUCAUCCGCCCAGACUCAGCCUGGUAAUGCCGUUUACAUGGUUCCAACGACGACAAAUACAACAUUGCCUUCUUUCUGUGAUGGAAUGAUUCCUCCCACCCCACUGAAUCCACCAAGAGAGAACUCACCGGUACAGAUCAUCAUGAAUGCUCCCGCAACGCCCCACAUCCAAACGAUCCAUACAGCAUCAUCCACAUUAGGGAUGUCAGAAUCUAGUCCUCUAGAGGCAGAUGCCAUGCAGCCUUCAUUUCCACCACUCCAUCAGCAACAAAGGCACCUCUUUCCUCCAGCCACGGUCCCACCUAGCAUGACUGAUUUCUCAGCGCUGUCCUCUCAGCUGGUAUCUUCGCUGCCACCUGUUCUAUCCUCAGCAACGCAGCAUCACAGCUAUCAGGAAUCGGAAUACAUCCCUCGUCAGACGAGCCUCACACCUACAGGUAGCGUCAUGUCCCAGACACUUGUUACGCAGAUUGUCCCAAGAGCUGCACCAUCUCCGUACCCAUACAAGGAGCAUUCGCAAUUGCUUCCUCUGACCGGGACAAACCAACAAACAGGUGCAACUGCUUCGUACCUAGCCUCACAGCUUGGCCACCACAUGAUGCAGCCUCAGCCAUUGCCGCAGCAUCUGCCGUCGCCCUACACCCUUCCUGGACAACCCUUGAGCCAUCAACCAACCCAUCCUAUACCACAACCCAGGCAGUACCUACCCACUCCCAAUCAAACAUCACAGCCUUCAGCCUGCCCCAUUUAUGUCAAUCAUCCAGCUCCUCCAUCAUUUGACCCCUGCCCCACCCACUUCUCAGGGUCAACCGUUGCUUCAGACGGAUCCUAACUUCAAAGGAGCUGGUCAAUCCAUGUACCAAACAGAAAAUAGCAUCAUUGAAAACGGACAUACAUGUACUGGAGCAUUUCGACAUGCCUUCAUCGAAGUAAAAUUGUGUGAAUUAAUAUAAUGCUAGAAAAAAAAAAAUAUGUAAUGAUACCAGCACAGAAUGGGGUCAGUAAAAUGAAUUUAUGUUGCCUCAAGCAUGAGCAUGACCCCUUUCUGUGCUGCCAGAAAGAGUUUGUAAGAACCCUUAUGUUAUUUUAUUUGCUUUAAUUAAUUGCUGUUUACUAACCUAAUUUGUUAACAUUGACAGCCAAUCACAGCUCGUCAUUCAGCGUCCACAGUCUGUUUGGUUCUAUUAUAUAUUGUUUCAUUCUAGCGUUCUGUUCAUUCAUGCGAUUGUACUUCGAUGAGUGCAUGUCGAAAUGCCUCAGUAUGUGUCUUUUUCCCGGGGGACCACUUCCAUUGACAAGUGAAUACAAUGCGUAACCACAAAAACAUGUGAAAAGGAUCUCUUUUUCAAGGUAGGGCACGUUACGUAAUAAUGGUGUCAAAUACAAAAAAUGAAAAAAGGUAUGUAUUUCACUAGGAAACCUUCAUGUUUACGGUCAAAUUUGCGAGGGUAUAAAAAGACUAAAAUAUACUGUAUAAUUGAUGGCCUUUUUGCUACAACACUAUGGCCCGAAUUCACAAAGGUGGAAUAAAGUUGUACCGGGGUUAAAUCUAGUCAUGGGUUAACUAAUACCCGGGUAUAAAGUUAGUCCACCGCGCUAUUCACAAACGGUGGACUAACUUAAGUGGGGGCGUCGUGGUCUGUGGGGGCGUCAUGUCUAGUGGUUACGAAUCUCCUCUUUCAAUGAGAGGGGCGUGGGUUCGAAUCUCGGCCACGGCGUGUUUUCCUUCAGCAAGAAAUUUAUCCACAUUGUGCUGCACUCACUACCCAGGUGAGGUGAAUGGGUACUGGUAGGAUUAAUUCCUUGAAUGCACCAAGCGCCUUUAGCAGCUGGAGCUACAGCCAGGGUAAUACCGGGUAUAUACAUGUAGUGUGCCAUUGAAUAGGAAACUAUAUCGGCGCCUCAUAAAUGCUAUAUAUUAUAAUAUUAAGCACCUGGGGUUAAAUUUAACCCAUGGCUUUGUUAUACCCCGGUGCUAACUUUAGUCCAUGGAUUAAAUCAUAAACUGAAGCUAGCAUACUAUUAUAACACUGCACUGAGCAUGCUCAGUAGUGAGAUGAUAGUCUGCUUGUACUGAGCAUGCUCAGUAGUGAUGUGAUGUCUGAUUGCAAUGGAGUCUGCCAAAAUCAGAUCAGCCAACUGGCAUCACAGCGAGCGCUCCUUUCUUUUGGAGCUUGUGCAGGACAGAGCUCACAUAUUUGCCAGCAGAGCAAAUGAUGCUCUCAAUAAUAGAAGGAAUGUGGGAUGAAGUAUGCUCAUCAAUCAUCGCCAAAUUCGGAAAUAAGUGGACCACGGCACAAAUAAAAAAUAAACAGAAGCAACUACUUAGCCAAGCGAAGAAAGAGUACGGCGAUUGGAAGAGGCGGUCCCGUAUGACGGGAGGAGGGCCACCUCCAGAGCCUCCUUCAACAGUAACUCUAUUGAUCAAGGAGAUUCUCCCCAGUGAUUUCAUCCACUUAUCUAACUCGCGACGAUGACAAUGAUUCAGAUACAAUAUCAAGUUUUGGGGUAUACUUUUAGGAAAGUUUAAGCAAUCAUCAAUAGAUAUAGAUGAAUCUGAAGAUUGCUUAAUAAUUAAAGUUCAAAUUAAUUAUGUAAUUUACUUACAAUCUUGGUCGCAGUCGUGAAAUUCGAAGCGUUAUAAUACGGCAACAACAGACGUUGACUGCCGAAAAAGUUAUUUUUCUGGCAGCAAACUGUCAGGCAACUUUUCCGCAAUCAAAAUACUGCUCUCUCAUUGGUUAAAACCGAGGACUAACUUUAACCCACAGAUUUAGUCCACCCCAAAGAGCUGACUAAAUUGUGACGUCAAAUGACGCGUUUUAUACCCCGGUAUAACUUUAGUCCACCUUUGUGAAUCGCAAAAGUUAGCCCCUAGGUAGUAACUUAAGUCCAUGGAUUUAAAUGACGUCAAAUUAUGCGUUUUAUAACCCGGGUAUAACUUUAGUCCACCUUUGUGAAUUCGGGCCUUUGUGUUUAGGGUCUUUGAGCGAGGUGUGUGGGAUGGUACUAAACCCAAUGAAAGUAAAAUUAAAGCUGGCCGACGUCUGGGACAUAACAGUUAAUAUAAAGUUGUACUUGUUUAGGGGUUGAAUUCAGGGAAUACUUGUCAAGGGUUCCAGUUUGUUUUCAAUACUUCUUAGGAGUAGGGUUAAGGGGUGUAUUUUUGAAACCCCAUGGUCAUGCAUGGUAUCCACUCUUCAAUGGAAUUGCCCCCCCCCCCCUCGGGGUCUUAGCUAUUUUCUGAUUUUACAGUACCAAACACUUAUUCAUCCAUGUACUAAACACAUCAAUGCAUCUUAUUUCACUGGUAGCAGAUACAAAUUUCAAGAGGUGUCGUCAAUUCGUCACAGUUUUCAGUUAUGUCCAAAGAGGCAAAAAAUAAAAGAAAUUCAAAUAUUGCCUUUUUUUUCAAUAUUCAAAUUAGACAAUCAAAAGUCUGAAAUCUCACCAAUUCUUUUAAGUGUCUCUUGUGAUUCCUUAGAUAUUCUGCUACCAUGGUAUCAAAAAUUUAAUUGUAUCACAUAAAGUUUGAGUUUCAGCCUUCCAAAAUAGCCUUCUAAAACUUCCCCUUUUUCUCAUGAUAAAUUUCCCUGCAUUGAAUAAGAUUCAUUGUCCACUGUGGGACGCUUUAUGCAUAUUUAAGAAAAUUAUGAAUUAACUUUUCUCCAUCUUGUGUGCAAACUGGCUGCUUCGUAAAAAUGUGAUGGAUCAAAUAGUUUGUGCACACUUCUCUAUAAUCAUCUAAGUACACACAAUUAUUCAAUCCAGAUUGUACAAUGCAAGUGUAAUUUGUAAACCUCUUUUAAAGGGGAAGUUCACCCUGAAGAAAAGUUUGUUGUAAAAAUAGCAAUAGUAAAAAAUAUUGAAGGUUUGAGGAAAAUCCGUUAAAGAUUAAGAAAGUUAUUAUAAUUUUAAGUUUUGGUUGUGUGAUGUCAUAAACGAGCAGCUGCCCCAUAUGUUAUGUAUGUAAAAAAUAUAAAAUGCAUAAAUCUCAAUUUUUCAAUGGUUGGAGAUGACUUACUUUCGUUUUCUUUUUAAGAACGGGUGUUAAAAUGAUUUGUCUAAUGAUAUACUAAAUGUGCAGUAAAAACCACUUUCAAUUUUCUGAGAAUAUGACAUUUCAUUGAUUUUUUACCAUACGUUAUGUACAUGUAGGAAUGCUGCUCGCAUAUGAUGUCAAAAAUAAAGUGAUUAAAAUCCUAAUAACUUUUUUAUUCUUUGAUGGGUAUUUCUCAAACCUUUGGCAAAUUUUUUUUAUUUUUCUGCUAUUUUUAACAAUAAGCUUUUUGUCAGGGUCAACUUCCCCUUUGAGAAAAUUUUGCCAGUUGUUGGGUGUAGCCCAGUGAAUUACAUGUAGUCUCUGGACUUUGAAACCGAAGGUCUUAGGUUCAAAUCCCAGCCACGGCGUAAUUUCCUUCAGCAAGAAAUUAAUCCACAUUGUGCUGCUCUAGAUAGGGUAAAUGGGUACCCUGCAUGAUUAAUGAUAUACCAAUUUAGUGUGCUAUUAGCAUUCUUUGUGGGACACUGUGUAAGUGGUCCUAAUGGGUUUGACUUGGGCAACUCACCUGUAGUUCUGUUCCGUAAGCGGCAAAACUUUAAAAUGAAGAGAAAAUUCAUAUCUUGUGUUUCAUUUGUUUUAGUAAUCAUUUUGGAAGGUACAAUCAAAUUUUACUACAUAGAUUUUAUGAAAUUAUGCAUUUAUGUGUCAAAUUUUGGGUAUUUAUUUAGGUAUUUAACACAAUGUCCACUCUAUAAGCUUGAAAUCUAAAACCAUCAACAUGAAGAGCUACAUUGAUACAUACUAACUCACUUUGCAAGGGAUGUACCCACUUCUAUUUGAUGCUGUAUCUAUGUUAUUUACUAUAUUCUAAAUAGAAUGUACAUUUUUCUUAAAUUAAA